AUGAACCGAGGAGCAGCAGCAGCUGCCGCAGCAGCUGCUGCUGCAGCAGCUCGACAGCAGCUGCAUGAACAGCGUCGGGCUGCUGCAGCGGCGUGGGGUGUUUACUUUGUGGUGCUUUGCUGCUUCUGCUUGGCAUGGCUGCAGCCCCUGAGCGCAGCAGCAGUUGCUGCAGCAGAUGCUGCUGCUGCUGCUGCUGCUGCACCUGAAGCUGAUGUGUACAGCGAGACUGUCUUUACAGAGCCGCUGCGCUCUCGGGGUCUCUUCUUUGCACAUUUUGAUUUGCGGCUGAGGACAACAGCCCUAGGGUAUUCGUUUACCGGUCUGGAGACCCAUUUAAAUUCUUUUCCUCUGGGGAUCGCCCGGCUGCUGAAUCUGCAUUUGCUGCAGCAGCACCGCAGCAGCCUGCUGCAGCCAUCGCAGCAGCUUCAGCCCCAGCAGCAGCAGCAGCAGCAGCAAUUGCUGCCUCACGCUUUUUCUUUUAUUGAUUUAUCUCUAACUCAGGGCAGAUGGAACUCUUCUUGGGGGCAUCCUGCUGCUCCUCCCAGACCCCCUGGAGCGCUGCUGCGAGCCGGGCUGUCUCAGCAUCCUGCAUACAAUCACCAAAGGCUGUGGGAUUACUUGGCCCAUACACUUUCGGCUUUGACCUGCAGCGGCUUGUCGCGUCUUGCUGCUGCAACAGAUGGUGUCCUCACGCAGCCUAAUGCAGCAGCAGCAGCAGCAACAGCAGCAGCAACCCCAGACGAGCAGCAACAGCAACAGCAGCAGCACCAGCAGCAAGCGUAUAUACAGCGGAUGGCUACACUGCCGGAUGCAGCAGUUUGUUCAGACACCCACAACAACAUCAUGCGGCUGCUGCCUUGCAAGCAGCAGGCUGGGUUGCUGACUGUUGUGCAUCCAUACUCACUUGCAGCCUCUCCCUACAAAUCCUAUCGACUACGCGUCAGCCCCUUUGCGCUUCAGCAGCAGCAGCAGCAGCAGCAGCUAGUUGCUGAACUGCGGCUUGAGCUCUCCGUCGUGCUUCGAUUCCCUGACGAACCAAACCUUAGUUUGUCUCUAACAAACCUCUUCAGCAACGUCUACCUGCACGUACACCCCAAAGCCUUGGAGUCAACGGCAGACGGGAAGCAGCAGCAGCAGCAGCAGCAGGACGAGAGGCAGCGGGAGCUGCUGCUGCUGCAGAAUCCUCCCUCGUUCGGCCGUUGGCAUUGCGUUGCAGCCAAUAGCAGCAAAUGGCUUCUGCGUGUCUUCCACGAAACGGAGAGCAGCAGCAGCAGCAGCAGCAACAGCAGCAGCAGCAACAGCAACAGCAGCAGCAGCAGCAGCAGCAAGAGCAGCAGGGCAGCUGAGAGAGUCCAGCAGCUCGUUUCAGCUGCUGGGUUUUCUACUUAUGAUGUUUAUACGGCAGACAGUUCUUCCUCCCUUAUAGUUCUAGACCUGCAGCAGCAGCAGCAGCAGCAGCAGCAGCAGCAGAAACAGCAGCAGCAGCAGCAGCAGCAGCAGCAGCAGCAACUGGAAGAAUGGCUGGGGUACAGGUGGCGCCUCCCAGCAGAGUCAAAAGGCUUCUCCUUCUCCCGCGGGUUUGGGGCAAACCCUGCUAAACCCUACAACGACAAGCUCCAUGGGACAUAUUGGGUAUCAUUUGAGAACGACAGCGACGCCGCGACUUCAGCGGCUUUCGUUGAUUUGCUGCCUCCAAGCGCUCUGCCUCUCGUUGCUGCAGCGCAGCUCGUAGCAUACCCGCUGCUUAGUGACCCGCAGCAGCAGCAGCAGCAGCAGCAGGAGUGUGCCCUGAACUUGGAGGGGGCCGAAGCUCUCCGUGCGUCCGGCCUGGUGCUGCAGUCGCCUGUGACUAGCGAGAUAUCUGCUGCUGCAGCAGCAGCAGCAGCAGGAGCAGCAGGGGGUGUGGGGGCCUCAGCUUUAGCUGCUGAUGUUGCUGCUGCUACUGCUGCUGCUGCUACGGCAGACGGGAUGCAGGCGGCCCCCUACGACUCCUGGCUGCCGCAUUGGCUGAGGGUGCGCUCCAGCUUGCUGCCGGAUGCAGCAGCAGCAGCAGCAAAGCAGCAAGAGGGGGCCCAGCUGCUGCUUCCUUCAGCUUUGCUGCAGGGCUCGGUGCGUCUGCCAGCCCGCUGUCGGCUAAUGCUGUCGCUGGGGCUGCGGCUGCUGCUGCAGCAGCCGCAGCUGCUGCACUCUAACCCUCAGAACGGCAUCUCUCUUGGAGGGGCCUUUGCUGCAAUUCGGAGGGAAGAGGGCUUCUCCUGGCCUCCUGCUGCUGCUGUUCUAAACAGCGCAGCAAACGCAUGCAGAGUCAAUCAGACUCCUCCUUGCAGCAUUCAACCCCUUCCCAGCGCAGCAGCAGCAGCAACAGCUGCUGCUACAACAGCAGCAGCAUCACCGGUGCAGCAGCUGCAGUCCCUAGCCGAUGGCUUCUCGGGGUUUGAUGAGGACCUUGAAGAGAGAGAAUGGCAGUGGGCAGCAACCGCCGGCGCCCGACUGAAAAUACCGCUGCCAGACUUCGGUAAGCAGCAGCAGCAGCAGCAGCAGCAGCAGCAGCAGCAGCACAUAGAACAGCAGCAGCAGCACUAA